GAUUGGUGGAUUGGGCCGCUUGUGGGGCUGGUGGAAGAAGCGGUUGGCAGUGGGGAAGCAGGAGACUGGGACAAGGACAAGAUGACCAGCCAUUCGGUGACCAUCCCCAUGGUCUGCUUCACUAUCUUUUGGGGGCUUGUGGGCUUUGCUCUGCCUUGGUUUGUGCCGAAGGGUCCCAACAGAGGUGUAAUAAUAACAAUGAUCGUCACAACAGCGGUUUGUUGCUAUUUAUUCUGGCUCAUUGCCAUCCUAGCUCAGCUGAACCCUCUCUUUGGCCCGCAGCUCAAGAAUGAGACAAUCUGGUAUCUCCGUUACUUCUGGGAAUAAAGGAGAACUGCGUCGGAUCAUCCAUGAUGCUGACUGAUGACCUGAACAUUCCAGAAUAUUCCAGAUCUCUAUAUUCCCUGUAAAAAUCAUACCUAGUAAAACUUUUUGUGAGAGAUUUUUCACACACUUCCAGCCCGCCCAAGCUCUACCUUUGACUUUUCUUUCUGAUCUGGCUUCAUUGCCUGAAUUAAAAUGAUGAUCUCUGUCUCACCAAACCCCUGGAGUCCCCAAAGACUUUGUGCAAAUUGGUUUGAGGAUGUUUUAAAUCAAGUGUGUACAAUGCUCAGAUGCGAAUGUUUGAAGUUUUUUUCUGUUCAUUAUUACAAUAUGUCCCAGGAACUUGCUCAAAUUAAACAUUUGUUUCUUUUAUCCACUAAAAAGAACCAGGCAUUAUGGAGGGUAGCUAUACUGUGAUACUGUACUUAAGUUUGCUGUGACAAAUCAUGUAGCAAUGUUUUUAUUUGUAAGGGAAUAGUUAUUUUGUUCCAGCAUUCUGUUUCUAAGUAUGUUUAAAAGUAGGAAUUGAUGUUAAAUGCUGUAAUCUUUAAAACAUUGACAGUGCAAUAAAAUUAGAUUGUGUCCCA